ACUUUGUUUAUGGGACAGUCCGGGAGCCGCGGCGGCCGCGCUGUCUGCUUCUCCUCCGCCUCCUUCUCGCGGGGCGCGAACGCCUGAGGCCAGUUCGGGGGAUGUGAGAGCCGAAGCCCCUCGGCUGCCAGGCUCCGAGUCGGGAUUUGCCAGCCGGGCCCCAGCUACAUCCCUGCGAGCUCGGGACGCACCCGAGCGACUGAGGCCCGACGGCGAGUUCGGGCGGGACGGCGGCUGCCGCACGCCCAGACUCGGCUUCGCUGCGCGCCCAGAAGAUGAAUCCGGCCUCGGUGCCCCCUCCGCUCCCGCCACCCGGGCAGCAAGUGAUCCACGUCACGCAGGACCUAGACACGGACCUCGAAGCUCUCUUCAACUCGGUCAUGAACCCCAAGCCCAGCUCGUGGCGGAAGAAGAUCCUGCCCGAGUCGUUCUUCAAGGAGCCUGACUCUGGCUCGCAUUCGCGCCAAUCGAGCACCGACUCGUCCGGCGGCCACCCUGGGCCCCGGCUAGCCACCGGCGCCCAGCACGUCCGCUCGCACUCGUCGCCCGCGUCCCUGCAGCUGGGCACCGGCGCGGGGGCUGCAGGCAGUCCAGCGCAGCAACAUGCGCACCUCCGCCAGCAGUCCUACGAUGUUACCGACGAGCUGCCGCUGCCCCCGGGCUGGGAGAUGACCUUCACGGCCACUGGCCAGAGGUACUUCCUCAAUCACAUAGAAAAAAUCACCACGUGGCAAGACCCUAGGAAGGCGAUGAAUCAGUCCCUGAAUCCGAUGAACCUCCACCCUGCUGCCACUCCCACCCCAGCACCCCAGAGGUCCAUGGCCGUGUCUCAGCCAAAUCUCGUGAUGAAUCACCAGCACCAACAGCAAAUGGCAUCCACUACCCUGAGCCAGCAGAACCACCCUACUCAGAAUCCACCAGCAGGGCUCAUGAGCAUGCCCAAUGCAUUGACCACUCAACAGCAGCAGCAGCAGAAACUUCGGCUUCAGAGGAUCCAGAUGGAGAGAGAGAGGAUUAGAAUGCGCCAAGAGGAGCUCAUGAGGCAGGAAGCCGCCCUCUGUAGACAGCUCCCCAUGGAAGCCGAGACUCUAGUCACUGUUCAGCCUGCUGUCAACCCGCCAGCCAUGACCCCAGACAUGAGAUCCAUCACUAAUAAUAGCUCAGAUCCUUUCCUCAAUGGAGGGCCCUAUCAUUCGAGGGAGCAGAGCACAGACAGUGGCCUUGGGUUAGGGUGCUACAGUGUCCCGACGACCCCAGAGGACUUCCUCAGCAACGUGGACGAGAUGGACACAGGAGAAAACGCAGGACAGACACCCAUGAACAUCAAUCCUCAGCAGACCCGUUUCCCCGAUUUUCUUGAUUGUCUUCCGGGAACAAACGUUGACCUAGGAACUUUGGAAUCUGAAGAUCUGAUCCCCCUCUUCAAUGAUGUAGAGUCUGCUCUCAACAAAAGCGAGCCCUUUCUAACCUGGCUGUAAUCAGUACCAUUGUAACUUGGAUGCAGCCAUGACCCGACAUUUCCUGGGCCUCUUGGAAAAAGCAAUGGAGCAGAGUAAGUCUGCAGGUAUACCACUUUCUGCCUCCAUGACUCAAUGCUCCCUCCCUCCUUUCCAUGUGGCCAGUUUAAUCAUCGCCUGGAUUUGACAGUAACUCAAGUGAAACAUAAAUAAAUAAAUACUCUAUUUUCAUUUUCUGCAGGCCCGAAUUCCUGUGAAUCCGGGGCUGUGCAGAAUUGUUUCUGCAGAAUUGAUUACACAGAAUUGCUUCUCUGUUUUUCUAUCUGCUGCCCCAUGACUAAGCUUUAGGGGUGUUAGUUGAAAUUUAUAUGUCAAUUGAUUAUAAGCCACAGAAAGCUGACCACAGGCAGUGACUUGUGACAGGCGGCUCGGUCCAGGAAAUGUACAUGAAAUUAAACCCGAUUUACAGUUUCAAAAACUGUAUUGAUGACAGUAGUACCAAAUGCUUUAAAAAAUUAUUUAACUUGAGCUUUAAAAAUCAUUGUAUUGAUAGUAGAUCUCUGCUGUAUGGAAUACAAUGUAGUUUUGAAUCCAUGCUGGUCCUGAUGGUUCUUUUACUCUGUAUUUGCAAAGGCACACAUGGUCUUUUGUACUUUGUUCUUUAUCAUUACUCUACUGCGUAGCGUCUAGACAACUUGUCCUUCUAGCAGGAGAGGAGCAGGAACGUGAGACCAGUUUGGUACUAAUGAUGAGCAUUUAUUAAACAAAACUUUUUUUAAAUUACAGGUUGGAUUUUUUUUAAUUGCAGCUUAGAAUUUGAUGUUUCUUUUAUACAGCACAAUCAUUUUGUAGCGACGACAAAGGGCAGCCAAACGUUUUUGAUAAAUCAGUGGCAACUGUAUUUUUGUCUUUUGAAAAGCUGUUCUGAAGACAUCAGGACAACAUACAUAGCUUUCAAACUGAUGGCACACACAGGAAACUGUUGCUUUUCAAAUUCUGAAGGCUUAUCAGUUUUGCUUUCAAGAUUUCAAGUGUUUAAAUAAUCUUAUCUAUGAAACUGUUUGAAGGAUGAAGCAGAUCUCUGACUGACGUGUAAAAAAAAAAAAAUGCCCUCUGAGGGUGUAUGGUGGAGACGUAUGUUUCUGAAUUCAGUAAAAUUGAUUCCUAAGUAUGUUAUCCUAACCCUGUUUGCUACAGUUGGUAUAAAAAGGCAUGAAAUAUGUACUCAAUACCUCUUAUGUAACCAAAAACAUUUUUUAUUAGCUUUUAAGGACUGAGAGAGAGCAUCAGGUUCAGCCGGCACGUACCUCUGCCUGCAUUGCUGAUGAAGUCCUCGAUUGUUUAAUAUUUUGAACUGACAUUAUUUAUAAUCUAUGAAUUUAAUAUCUUUUUUGAAAGACAUUAAUAAUUCAGGUCUCUGAGAGGAACCUUCAAUUCCCAUGGGGGCUUAUCUAUUGGGGAUCUUCCAUAAGAUCCUUUCCAAUCUACCAGAAUACAGACAGAAUACAUUUUAUCUUGUUGGAAAGAAGGCAAGUGAAAAGGUCAGAGAUGAAGUAGUAAAGUCAAGGUAUAUAGUGGAAAGGACUAGAUGUGAAACGGACAUUGACAAGUGAUGAUACCCCAGAAGCAAGACAAGCAGGAGGUCAGAGAGGUGCCCCGAACGAACAAAGCAACAAUUUUCUACUACAACUUUCAUACCAGUAGACUCUGUUGUAGGAGAAAAGGCUUUGGUGCACUUUAUGUGGAAGAAGGAGGGGAAGGGCUGGUGUUGCCCUGUCCACGAUGCUGAGCGUGUCUGUGGACAAGAGCAUAACGCCCGCUGUUGCUUCCGACACAAUGAAGUGAUUUCUUUUCCCCGAAGGACCCAUGGUUUAUGUUCUUCUGAUUCCUUCUCUCUCUAAGCGCUCUGAGAGAGACAGGGGUAGAUGUUUAUGUUGCUACUAAAUUGAAGGGAGCACUAUUUCUCUUUUGUGAGCAGUAAGAGUUGUACAUUCUUUCUAAGAAAAACAAAAAACAAGGGACCUAACGAAACUGAGCAGUGUUACUGUAUUUUUUUAAAAUAUUUUUAUAGACUCAUUUUCAGCUUAUUAAGUGUAAAAGAAACAGAUAUCCCUCUUUUUUAAAGUAGUUAAAACAUCGAUGAUUUGUAUUAUCAAUUUUUAGAAGUAAUUUCCUAGUAAGCUUGUGGCAUUAGAAACUACUAGAAGAAUUUUUCUUUAGUGAAAUUAGUUGGAACAUUUAUUAAUGAACAUAACAAAUAUUUUUCCAGAAUUAAAUAUGAACCGUGACUACGUGUUUACUUAAUAGACAAAGCCAGAUGUAAUUUUUUGUUUUGUUUUUAAGGCCAUAAAAUAUGGCCUUUGUUAAAGAACACUAAAGCUAGAAAUCUAAACGUAAGAACAACUUUUUAAAGGGUAUUUCCUAUUAUUGUAAGUGUUAAAAUCCCUGCAGAAUUCAUGACAAGGUGCUAUUUAUAUUUCUUAUUAUAAAAGAAUGCCAGGAUGUCUAGUCUUUUUAGUCCUAAAUCAGCAAAUUUCAACAUUUCAUCCAAUACCUGUGCCACAGAAAAGGCAUAUUAACAAUUGAAAUGGAAAAAUAAUUUCAGAGAUCUUUCUUUCCAGGUAUUUUUUUUUUCCUGAUAAAACAUGUUUUCUUGAGGUAAAUACAUUGUCAAAACCUAUUUGCAAUUCUACUAAAUCUAACUAAUUGUUAGUGUUUCCCCAUAGUAUUCAGGAUGUGAAAGGCCCUUUCUUUCACUGAUCGCCACAUCAGGGAGGCAGGUUAAACAGAGUGGGACAUUCAGUGUGUGGGGUGGGUGCUGUUGACCCCAGCGUGGUAGAAAAGCUCUCUGUAGAAGGUGAGAGAAGCGUUGCUAAUUAUAAGUUGUGUUCUCAUGACAUAGUUAGACAGUAACUUCUGAAAGUACAACUUUUCUGAAGAAAAAAAAAUAAGCUGUUAAAAAAGGAAAUUGUAGAUUAAUUUCACUGGGAAAAUAGGCGAUUGACAGAGACCGUUUCCCUAAAACACUACAUCAUUUAUGUGCUAGUACUUUUAACUUUUUUUUUUUUUUAAGAAAAUUUACUUCUACAUUUUGUAAUACGACAUAUGUGUGUUUAUUUUUAAUUUAGAAUGCUGUGCGUACAGAAGGUAUGCAGCCAAAUCAAUCAUAUCAAACCAUUUUACCUGGAGUUUGGUACUGGUUUUUACUUCUCUGAUUCUGUAUAAGAAAAAUAAAUACAACUCAAUUUCCACUUGGA